AUGUCUUCAUCAUCCACAAUGUUCCUCUUAUAUUCACUAGUAACAAUGCUGUUACCUUUAUCUAUUACAGGUUUUGACAUAACAAAUUUUCUGCCCCAAUAUCCUACAUAUCGCAGUUACAGAAACUACAUUACUAGGAAGUUACAGUACACUGCCCUGCCUCCUAUUCCUAUUGUAUUACCUAUUCCAGUUCCGGUUCCCGUGGUUUCUCCCGUGCCCGUGCCUGUAGUUUCACCAGUACCAGUACCAGUACCAACUCCUUUUCCAGUACCGGUGAGAUCCCCAGCGCCUGUAGUUUCACCAGUACCCGCAGAAACUCCAUUUCCAGCACCGGCAGCUGGACCAGCCGGUGCUCCAGGGCCAGCAUUAUCUCCUAUGAGUCCAGAUGGUGCUGCUGCUGCUGAUAAUACCGGAGAAGCUCCCAAAGCAGGGGUGAUGAAGUCUGAUGUGAACAAAGCUUUAUCUCUUUUCCUUACGCUCUCCACGAUCUAUGCGUUGCUGUCUAGGCCCAUGUAUAUUCAUGAUUAA